AUGUCUGACGAUGAUGAUAUGAUGUAUGACGAUGAUGAAUACUUUGAUGACGAUGACGAUCAGGGUGAUGGAAACGACGAAGAGGAAGAAGAAGUAGAAAUUGAGAAUCAAUAUUACAAUUCAAAGGGUUUGAUCGAAGAUUCAAUACCAGAGGCUAUCGCAUCCUAUGAGAAAGUGGUAGAGUUUGAAAAAGGUGAAAAAUCAGAAUGGUAUGUUGUAGAAUUAACUAGAUAUAUAGAUAGAUUGUUUUAA